AUGUUCCUGUGUCUAUCACUCCCUGUCCUUUUCCUGUGUGUGGUGACAGUGUCUUGCUCAGAAACAAAAACCUGUGAUGAUGCCCAAAAGACUUGCUCCGUGAUUGCCUGUGGUAUCCCCGUCACCAACGGCACCCCAGGCAGAGAUGGGCGAGAUGGACCCAAAGGAGAAAAGGGAGAGCCAGGCCAAGGGCUCAGAGGUUUGCAGGGCCCUCCUGGGAAGUCAGGGCCUCCAGGAAAGACAGGAGAUCCUGGGUUUCCAGGAGCAAGGGGCCAAAAAGGAGAUCGUGGAGACAAUUCGGUUGCGGAGAGUAAGCUGGCUAGCUUAGAGAGAGAGAUAAGGAGCCUGAGAACAGAACUGAACCACAUCAAAAAGUUGCAAACCUUCUCCCUGGGCAAAAAGUCUGGAAAGAAGCUCUACAUAACCAAUGGUGAAAAGAUGCCUUUUUCCCAAGCGAAGGCUCUGUGUGCUGGCCUCCAGGCCACUGUGGCUGCCCCCAAGAAUGCUGAGGAGAAUGAGGCCAUCCGGGCUGUGGCCAAAGACACCGCCUUCCUGGGCAUCACGGAUGAGGCGACUGAAGGCCAGUUCAUGUACGUGACAGGCGGGAGGCUGACCUACAGCAACUGGAAGAAGGAUGAGCCCAAUGACUUCGGCUCAGGGGAGGACUGUGUGAUUAUCUUGAAGGACGGGAUCUGGAAUGACAUCUCCUGUGCAGCCUCCUUCCUGGUCGUCUGCGAGUUCCCAGACUGAAGGACUGUGUUCCUCAGCCCCUUCAGUGGCUCCUUGCUGAACUCUGUUUUGAAAGAGGAU